GAGCACAGCCAGCAGCAGACUAAUCACGCGUAACCGGACCCUACGCUAUCAACCCCACUCCCCCUGCAACGCUAUCAACACAACCGCAACAUGUUCGGACUGACCCGCCAGUAUCUGUGGAGUGUGGUGCCGAUGUUCGGGUUCGGGCUCGGCUGGUUUCUGGACACCAAGGAAACGGAACGUAUGACGAUGUUCCGUGACCGGAGCGCACUGUACGGCCGCCAGCUGAAGGAGGGCGAGAAACCAUCGUGGCCUUAGGCCAACCGGUACAGCAGCACACGUUUAGAAAGAGAGCGAAAAUCGAAAUACAAUAAUGAUGUGAAUCCGUAAAACUUA